ACCCCUGAAGUAAAAACUCCCCCACAGAGCUUUUUUUGGGAGCCAAGUUCCUUCGGGAGUGUUUUACCUCCUUUUUUAAUUUUCUUCCCAAGUCCCCUGUUUGGCUUUAUUUUCUCGCGAUUUUUCUCACUGAUUUUCUUUUUCUAUCUCUAUAUUCAUCGAUUCGUCGAUCGUGACGAACCCUAGUUUUCUUCAUCAAUGACUAUGAUGACUCCUCCGCCGUUGGAUCAGCAAGAAGACGAGGAGAUGCUUGUGCCGCAUUCGGAUUUGGUCGAGGGACCUCAGCCAAUGGAAGCUCAGGUGGAGCCCGCUAAUACGGUGGAGAAUCAAACUGUUGAGAAUCAACCAGUAGAGGAUCCUCCAUCAAUUAAAUUUACUUGGACAAUUGAAAACUUUACAAGGUUGAAUGUAAAAAAGCACUAUUCUGACGUUUUCGUCGUGGGGGGUUAUAAAUGGCGAAUACUAAUUUUUCCCAAGGGGAAUAAUGUAGACUAUCUAUCAAUGUAUUUGGAUGUGGCCGAUUCUUCAACAUUGCCUUAUGGAUGGAGUAGAUAUGCUCAGUUCAGCCUGGCCGUGGUUAACCAGAUGCAUAACAAGUACUCAAUAAGAAAGGACACGCAGCACCAGUUUAACACAAGGGAAAGUGACUGGGGCUUCACAUCGUUCAUGCCUCUGAGUGAUCUUUAUGACCCUAGUAGAGGAUAUCUUAUGAAUGACACAUGUUUAGUUGAAGCCGAGGUAGCUGUCCGCAAGGUUCUUGAUUACUGGUCUUAUGAUUCUAAAAAGGAAACUGGUUACGUUGGGCUCAAGAAUCAGGGAGCAACUUGUUACAUGAAUUCUCUGCUCCAGACGUUGUACCAUAUUCCUUAUUUCAGAAAGGCUGUGUACCAUAUGCCAACUACUGAGAAUGAUAUGCCAUCGGGAAGCAUCCCACUUGCACUACAGAGUUUAUUCUAUAAGCUUCAAUACAAUGACAGCAGUGUUGCCACAAAAGAAUUAACCAAGUCUUUUGGAUGGGAUACAUAUGAUUCUUUUAUGCAACAUGAUGUGCAAGAACUCAACAGGGUACUUUGUGAAAAGCUUGAAGACAAAAUGAAGGGAACUGUUGUGGAGGGUACAAUACAACAAUUAUUUGAGGGUCAUCACAUGAAUUACAUCGAGUGCAUAAAUGUAGACUACAAAUCUACAAGGAAGGAAUCAUUUUAUGAUCUUCAGCUUGAUGUGAAAGGAUGUCGGGAUGUUUAUGCCUCUUUUGACAAAUAUGUGGAAGUUGAACGUCUUGAGGGCGAUAAUAAAUACCAUGCUGAAGAACAUGGUUUGCAGGAUGCUAAGAAGGGUGUCUUAUUUAUUGACUUCCCACCUGUCCUUCAACUUCAACUAAAGCGGUUUGAAUAUGAUUUUAUGCGGGACACUAUGGUCAAGAUCAAUGACCGCUAUGAGUUUCCUCUUCAACUUGAUCUUGACAGGGAAAAUGGAAAAUAUCUAUCACCUGAUGCUGAUAGAAGUGUCCGCAACCUUUAUACACUUCAUAGUGUUUUGGUUCAUAGCGGUGGGGUGCAUGGUGGACACUACUAUGCUUUUAUUCGGCCAACCCUCACAGAUCAGUGGUACAAAUUUGAUGAUGAACGCGUGACAAAAGAAGAUAUGAAAAGGGCUCUAGAAGAGCAGUAUGGUGGCGAGGAAGAGUUGCCACAAACCAAUCCUGGUUUUAAUAAUACUCCCUUCAAGUUUACAAAAUACUCUAAUGCAUACAUGCUUGUGUAUAUAAGGGAAAGUGACAAGGACAAAAUAAUUUGUAAUGUUGACGAGAAGGACAUUGCUGAACAUUUAAGGGUGAGAUUGAAGAAAGAACAAGAAGAGAAGGAGGAUAAGAAAAGAUAUAAAGCACAAGCCCACCUUUUUACUAUAAUAAAGGUCGCACGAGAUGAGGACCUUUCUGAACAGAUUGGAAAAGAUAUAUAUUUUGACCUUGUAGAUCAUGAUAAAGUUCGUAGUUUCCGUAUUCAGAAACAAACACCUUUUAACCAAUUCAAGGAAGAGGUUGCAAAAGAGUUUGGAAUACCUGUGCAAUUUCAACGAUUCUGGAUUUGGGCAAAACGGCAAAAUCACACGUACCGCCCCAAUAGACCUUUGACACCUCAGGAGGAAACACAAUCAGUUGGACAGUUGAGAGAGGUCUCAAAUAAGACACAUAAUGCAGAGCUCAAAUUGUUUUUGGAAGUUGAGCUCGGACCGGAUUUACGUCCUAUUCCUCCACCUGACAAAACUAAGGAGGAUAUACUACUCUUUUUCAAGCUUUAUGAUCCUGAGAAAAAGGAGCUACGAUAUGUUGGGAGGCUUUUUGUGAAAAGCUCUGGUAAGCCAAUGGAAAUUUUAGGAAAACUUAAUCAAAUGGCUGGAUUUGCUUCUGAUGAAGAAAUAGAGCUUUAUGAGGAGAUAAAGUUUGAACCUUGUGUCAUGUGUGAACACCUUGAUAAGAGGACCUCUUUUCGGUUGAGUCAGAUCGAAGAUGGGGACAUUAUUUGCUUUCAGAAAUCUCCUCUACCUGAAACUGAAGUAGAAAGCAAAUACCCAGAUGUGCCUUCAUUUUUGGAAUAUGUACACAAUCGACAGAUUGUUCACUUUCGAGCAUUGGAGAGACCAAAGGAGGAUGAUUUCUGUUUAGAACUGUCAAAGAUACACAGUUAUGAUGAUGUGGUGGAGAGAGUGGCUCGCCAAAUAGGUUUGGAUGAUCCAUCUAAAAUCAGGCUAACAGCUCAUAACUGUUAUUCUCAGCAACCUAAGCCCCAGCCUAUAAAAUACAGAGGAGUAGAACAUUUGUCAGACAUGCUAGUCCAUUACAAUCAAACCUCAGAUAUUUUGUACUAUGAAGUUUUGGACAUCCCCCUGCCAGAACUACAAGGUUUGAAAAAUCUGAAAGUUGCUUUUCAUCACGCAACAAAAGAUGAGGUUGUUAUUCACAACAUCAGAUUACCCAAACAGAGCACUGUUGGAGAUGUGAUCAACGAACUUAAAACGAAGGUAGAGUUGUCUCGUCCAGAUGCAGAACUCAGACUGCUUGAGGUUUUCUACCACAAGAUAUACAAGAUAUUUCCACACACUGAAAAGAUAGAGAAUAUAAAUGAUCAAUACUGGACCUUGCGAGCAGAGGAGAUUCCGGAAGAAGAGAAAAACCUGGGUGCCCAUGAUCGCUUGAUUCAUGUUUACCACUUCACAAAGGACACUGCUCAAAACCAGAUGCAAGUCCAAAAUUUUGGUGAACCCUUCUUCUUGGUCAUUCGUGAAGGUGAGACUUUAGCUGAAGUCAAGGUGCGUAUUCAAAAGAAGUUGCAGGUUCCAGAUGAUGAGUUUUCUAAGUGGAAGUUUGCUUUCUUAUCCCUUGGCCGUCCAGAGUACCUGCAGGAUUCUGAUGUAGUUUCAAGUCGUUUUCAGAGAAGAGAUGUAUACGGUGCUUGGGAACAGUACCUUGGGUUGGAGCACUCUGAUAAUGCUCCUAAGAGGGCUUAUGCAGUAAAUCAGAACCGACAUGCAUACGAGAAGCCAGUUAAAAUUUACAACUAAAGCUUUUAGCAGCUGCUGAUCCCUGCUUAGCUCUUGAGAGUGUAUCAAGCAUUCAGUUGUCAAGUCGCGGCCACAACAUUUGUGUUAGGGAUGGAAAUGGCAAGAGUGGGAUCAAAAAGAGCCAUUUCAGUUAAAAAAAAAAAUAGAAAGAAAACACAGCCAAAGAAUGACGACCAUGAUGCUCUCACUUUUAGGGGAUUUGGUUAGGCACUCAAAUUGUUGGUUUUUAGGUUUCUAUUUUCAUAUAUAUUUCUCUCUUUUUUUUUUAUUAUUGCUUUGAUGCUUGUGGGGGGAAAGGGAAUGAGAUCAUCAUCUCCUGAAUGUGUAGCCUAUCUAUUUAUUGUUAUUCCCUGCUUGAGUUCUGGGUCUGUUCUUUUCCUCCUUUUCUUUUUGGGUUUAUUUUCAUUUUAUUACUUUUCUUCCAUAGGAAGACACCUCCUUGCUUCAAGGGGUUGGUGGCUUUCUAUAUAUACAGCUCCAUUGUAAUCUAGCACAGUACAUAAGGAGAUUUUGAGGGGAUGUAUAUCCGGGUAUA